AUGCGUGACAAUGAAAUAAGUGAAAGUAAUGAUUUUGCAAGCGGCAGGAGACAGCUCUCUAGUUUUGUGGACGGCAAUGGACAGCCAGAGAGCACCCUGGCAACAAACAACGACAGUGAGUCCUUAACCAGCGACGGAACCUACAACGAAAUCGACAACAAAGCCGUUAGUACCUUAUGCAUCCUCCCCGAAGCCACCGGCUCCUGUAAGACCCGGACCAGGAAGGGGAAACGGGCGAGAGAGAACGCUGGCUCAAGAUCGGAUAAGGAACCCGAGGUCGAGCGGAGGGUCCCGAGCAUCGCGGGCGAAGCGCACAUGAGCGGGGCCAACGCGAUUCUGAUCAACGGGAACAACUACCUCAUCAUCCGCGGGGGCGCGGGGGGCCUCGGCGUGGGGCCCCCGGCGGGCGCGGUGGUCCGAGGCCUCGCCAGCAACGCCAAGAUUCUGAUCGCGAAGGACGACAGCGGCAAGACCAUGAAGCAGGCUCCUCAUCAGCACGAGCAGCAGCAGCGCGCCAGCAAGACGAGCCUCUUCCUUCCUCGGGCGCUGAAACCCGGGAGGACUUUGGUGCUUCGCAGCAACGCCCCCGAGCAAGGGAAUGGGCGGCCGCCGAAGAUCAGCCGCGGCAGGGACCAGCGCCCGGACGCAAGUGCUAAUCGAAGUGCGAGUGCCAUCAGAAUCUCAAGCAGAUACAGAAGCUUAAGUGAGAAUAAAAGUUUCAGUGAACGCAGAAACUCGGAUGGAAAGAGAGAAUCGAGCCGAGGAAAAAGUCCGGGUGGAAACAGGACGCCGAUUGAGAAAAGGCACGUGAACGGAAGCCGAGACGCAAGUGAAAAUAAAGGUCUGAGUGAGAAGAGAAUUUCGGCGGCGGCCAAGAGCACGAGCGGGAGCAGGCACUCGAGUGGAAGCAGGAGUUCGUGCGCGCAAGGGAGCGCGAUUGAGCGGAGGGGCAAGAUGGCCGUGGCGAGCGGGCAAGAGGCAAGGGCAAAAGGCAAGAGGAAGAAAAGAGGCGCGAAGCACAAGGUGGCCAGGGGAACGAGGCGGGACGGGAAUGGGAACGGCGAGGGCGGGAACGUUCCAGAAGAGAGCAAGGGCGAACACAGGCAGGUGGAAAGACAGAGGGACGAAAGAGGCGACGAGAAGGGAGAAGCCAAUCAGAGAGAGUACGUCGCGAGGAAGAAGGGGAGGAAAGAGAACGAGCGGCCAGCGAUCCAGACCCUCGGCCAACCGCUGCUCUGUAGGAACGAACCGAUUUUCGUCAAAGGGAAUUCGAUCAUCUCCUGCAAGAUUGAAGAACAGGAGAGUGAAGAGCAGACCGAAAUCAUAGUGAACGAAAACGAGGAGCCAGUCGUCACCAAGAGCAGACAGCAGACAGCAGAGUCCGCGAGACCGCUCAUCAUCACAGGAAAUGCCAAAGAAAACGUGAUGUGUAAACGCGGCUUCGUGUUGCCGGCGAACGAGAAAAGCGAUCAGAGACAAGAUCACGUGAUAAUCCGCGGAAUUGACCAAAACGUGAUAAGCAAGGGAAGGCCGAUAAUAAUCAGGAGUGGAGGCCAGCAGAACGUGAUCUGUGGCCGGCCCUCUGGUGGCGCAACCUACAAGCUGAAACUCAACGUGUCGGGCCUCGUGCAGGUGAAGCCGACCAUCGUGAUCAUCAGCACAGGUAAAGGGACUGUCAGAGAGACAAGAAAAUAUGAAGACGAUCCUCGUACACCUGAAACUCGACCCCCGAAGCCCACAACAGAUUCAGUCUACUUUAAGCAGCCGAGUGCCAGCCGCCGUCUGCAGCUCCCACAGCGUGACCGCAUCUCUAGUCUCAAUCCUCCUUUAGUAUCGCGGGCGUAUCGUGGGCGCCCGCUUUAUCCUGCAUAA